UUUAAAAAUCAGAUGGUGACAUCUUAAGUGUGACAUUUGACAUCACCUCCAAUUUAUAAUUUUCGGAUUUGGUAUGAUUUUGGGAAGGAAUGUGUGCUAAUAGUUUGAGUGCUUUUUAAGAUUUAUUUUUUUUUAAGUGCCAAUAUUUGUUUUAAGUUCUUAGGGAAUAUUUAUCCAAUCACUCUGGAAGGGUAUUAGAUAACUAUCAGCGAUGUCCAGUCUAAUAUCUUUAAUCAGGUGUGGAUUUUCUCGCCUUGUAGCUCGCAACUUACAUAAAUAUGUAGACAAAAAUAAUGAGGUGUCUACACAAAUAUUACGCCUUGGAGCAAGCACAAUUUGUAAAUACAGUACCAAACCUCAAAGGGAACUGAUUUUAAAACCUGUUAAAUCAGUAUGUUGCCGCAGUGAUCGAUAUUUUCGGAUAUCAGCUUUGGUAUUGCAGUCAGAGACCGUUACCUGCCCACCCUUCCCAGAAUCAGUAACUGAAGGAGAUGUAAGACUUGAAAAGAAAGUUGGAGAUGCAGUAGCUCAGGAUGAAGUGGUAAUGGAAAUUGAAACUGAUAAAACGUCUAUGCCAGUGCACUCACCCAACCAUGGUAUUAUAGAGGAGAUUUUGGUCAAGGAUGGUGACACUGUUAAGGCUGGGACACCAUUAUUUAAACUAAAAGUGACUGGUGAAGCACCAAAAAAAACUGAAGCUGCACCUGCCAAAGAGGUACCAAAAGCAGCGCCUGCUCCACAACCCUCAGCACCCAUUCCUCCACCAGUUGCCACAGCUCCACCCCCAGCAGCUCCAAAACCGGCGGCGGCGGCGCCCGCCCCGCCUCCUAAACCGGCAUCCCCGAUGACUUCAAUUCCGGUUGCUGCUAUUCGACAUGCUCAGUCUUUGGAGGCGACGGCGACCGUUAAAUUACCGCCCUCUGAUCCCACCAAAGAAAUCACCGGCACGAGAACCGAACAAAGAGUGAAAAUGAACAGAAUGAGGCUGAAAAUCGCGCAGAGGCUGAAAGAGGCUCAAAACGUUAACGCCAUGCUGACAACGUUUAAUGAAAUUGAUAUGACAAAUAUAAUUGAGUUCAGAAAGCAACACCAGGAAGCGUUUCAGAAAAAGUAUGGAAUAAAGUUGGGUUUUAUGUCUGCAUUCUUGAAAGCUUCAGCGUACGCGCUGCAGGACCAACCAGUCGUUAAUGCAGUUAUAGAUGGCAACGAGAUUGUGUAUAGAGAUUAUGUUGAUAUUUCGGUCGCCGUCGCGACACCCAAAGGUCUAGUCGUGCCUGUCGUUAGAAACGUGGAAAAUAUGAAUUUUGCAGAUAUCGAAUUAGCUUUAGCCGCAUUAGGUGAAAAAGCAAGAAAAGGUCAAAUAGCUAUCGAAGAUAUGGAUGGUGGUACUUUCACAGUGAGCAAUGGUGGAGUAUUUGGUUCCCUUAUGGGUACGCCCAUAAUCAACCCUCCUCAAUCAGCUAUUUUGGGUAUGCAUGCAACUUUUGAAAGACCCGUUGCAUUAAAGGGACAGGUUGUGAUAAGACCAAUGAUGUACAUUGCUCUAACGUAUGAUCAUAGGCUGAUUGAUGGACGCGAGGCUGUGUUAUUCUUAAGAAAAAUCAAACAGGGAGUUGAAGAUCCACGCACCAUGAUCGCCGGGCUAUAAAUGCAUGUAAACUUAGGACAAAUAUAAUUUGGUAACACCUUAGUAUUUGAAAACAGCGACACAGUUUUGAAUGUUUUUCAAUCUUAUGUUAAAAUUUUCCCGUAUUUACGUCCAAAUUUUUCGAAUUUAUUUAUGUGUUUUUCUUUGUUGAAAAGACUUUUUAAACUCAUAAUUUGCAUCAUGUUUUUAUUUAUUUGUUAAAUAAAAAGUUUUACUGA